AUGAGCACAAUACAGAACCUGAAGAACUUUAUUCGCCAUGGCAAGCAGGCCCGCCUGGUAACGCCUCACGCUGAGCCAACCACCGAUGUCACACCUGUCCAUGCCCAACAACAACGGCAACCUCAAGGACAAUACGCCAACAACCUCGACGCUAUAGACCACAAGCAUGGAAACGCUCAACCACCACAAAAGGAGACCACCACUACCAAGAUUUCGCGCGCCGAUAUCGAGAAGUUAGUCGAAGAGGAGCGCCAUAGCCGGUCCAGGAUGCCCAAGUACCCGGGCCUAGAUCGAUACAUUCUCAUUGAGAAGAUGGGCGACGGCGCCUUUAGCAAUGUUUACCGAGCGAAAGAUACCCAGGGCCGCAUGGAAGAAGUCGCCAUCAAGGUCGUGCGGAAAUUUGAAAUGAACAAUAAUCAGCGAGCGAACAUUUUGAAAGAGGUGCAGAUUAUGCGCCAAUUAGAUCACCCCAAUAUCGUCAAACUCGUCGACUUUUCCGAAUCACCUCAAUUUUACUAUAUAGUUCUCGAGCUCUGCCCGGGUGGCGAGCUCUUCCACCAGAUCGUGCGAUUGACGUACUUUAGCGAGGAUCUCAGUCGUCACGUCAUCAAGCAGGUUGCGGAAGCUAUUGAAUAUCUUCACGAGACAUCUGGCGUAGUCCAUCGUGAUAUUAAACCUGAAAAUUUAUUGUUCUACCCCACAGAGUUCGUGCCUAGCAAACAUCCCAAGCCACGCCAACCCGGUGACGAAGAUAAAGUCGACGAGGGUGAAUUCAUUGCUGGUAAGGGUGCAGGUGGCAUUGGCACGAUCAAGAUUGCCGACUUUGGUCUUUCAAAGGUUAUCUGGGACAGCCAAACGAUGACGCCUUGUGGCACAGUGGGGUAUACUGCGCCAGAGAUAGUUAAAGACGAGCGUUACUCCAAGAGUGUUGAUAUGUGGGCACUUGGAUGUGUUCUCUAUACGCUUCUCUGUGGCUUCCCACCCUUUUACGACGAGAGUAUUCAGGUGCUUACAGAAAAGGUCGCCCGAGGACAGUAUACCUUUUUGUCGCCGUGGUGGGAUGACAUUUCAAAGUCUGCGCAAGACCUUGUGUCUCAUCUUCUCACCGUUGACCCCGAGAAACGUUACACUAUUCGCCAGUUCCUAGAUCACCCAUGGAUUAAGCAAACAAAUGAAUCAACCCACGCUGCUGCUGAUGCACCUCCGCUAGCCACUCCCCAGCUCCCGCGCCAAAAGGAAACCAAAGCGAACCAAAUGUUCGAGGUUCAACAAACACCUCUAUCAGCCGCAGAACGACGAAUGGACUUCCGAUCGCCCGGAGUUGUCAACCUGCGCGAGGUCUUCGAUGUCGGCUACGCCGUGCACCGACAAGAAGAGGAAGGCAAGAGGCGGAAGAACUUCCGACAGGGAUACCGCGGCGGCAACCCAGCAGCAGGCUUCAGUUCGCAGCUCAACCCUCUCAACGAAGACUACGACGACGAUGAAGAAGCAGCCUAUGACGAGCAGGACCAAAAGGGCGAUCCACCAGCAAAGAUUCCGCGGUCUUCCCAAACUGCGGCUAGCGACGUCGCCGCUAUGGAAGCUAAAUUGCGCCAAACUAACCUGGGCACCCAACCAAGCAGCGCAGCUCAAGCUCGGGCCGCAAAUCGAUACAACGGCGCUACACGUCAAAAGCAGCAGCAGCAGCAGCAGCAGCAACAACCCGGUGGAUACGGCCAACAUAGCGCUGCAGUCGCAGCAGCGGCACGGCAGAAUGCGGCACGAGCAGCUAGACAACCGUUUGAGCUUAACAUGUCUAAUGCCACUUUGCUUGAGCGAAGAGGGAGAAGACAGCCAGGUGCACAAGUUGUGUAACCCGGUUACUAUCCACUUUUUUUUUAUACUGCUUUCCUUUGCUCUCGGGCGUUUCUCUUAUUACCUUUGCUAAUCCUAACUCUUCUGGAUGGGAAUACGAGUGUUGUUUCUGAUUUCUUGAUGAGCUUGCAUCAUCUUUGUUUUCGAUUAG